CACUGUCAUCGUCCUCGAUGGUAACCUCAGAAUGUGUGCGAUUUAAAAGGAUUCUAGAAUCCCAGCUGAAGCCUCUGGUUAGCGACACAUACAAGUUUUCAUCCCCUUCUAUUAGCUCAUCAUUAACAGUUUCAAUGUGAAUCAGCUGAAAUGAAGAAGGUUGUGAUUCGAAACAAGAAGAUUGCUUAUCGAGUAACUUCCAUGCCUCCUCUAUUCU